GUACAUUCUGACAAUGUAGGGACGCUUACUGUACCGUGAUUACCAAACAAGUUCACUAACGUAGUUAAUUAUUGUAUUAAUAUUAAAUUAAGACUCCUAUUUGUAACGAGGAAAACUACCAUUAAACUAUAAUAUAACGAGUACGAUACACUAUGAGUAUGAUGCAGACAACUAAGCGUAAGGUAUUUUAUUUACAUAUUUAUAAGUUAAAACAUAUAAGACACAAAUUGAACAACACUGGCGCUAACCUCUAGAACGUCUCUAGACGUGUUUUUUUCACCUCGAGCUGGCAUUGAUCGUGGUCCACAAAACCGGUAGAUUGCGGUUACCCUUCGCCAAACACUCAAAACUACACACUAAAUUUACAGUACAGUACAAGCUACAAAUAAACAUUUCUUUACACAAUAAAUCAAGGAAUCCUUACCUCUAUGUAGUAUGAUAUAUUAAUGCACUUCCUUUCUGUGAAAUAACUUAUCUCAUUUAGUUUAGAAAUAUGUGUAUGCAUAUGUAUUCUAUACGACUAUGGUGAUAAUAAAGUUGGCCCAUCUUAUGAAAUGAAAGCGGUAGUUAAGCUUGUAAGUAAUAAUACCACAUCCAUCACGAAAUGCAAUAUGAUGCCAAAAUUUCAACGUGAAGGUAGCAGGCGUUGCCAUUUCUGAAGAUUGAGGUUUUAGGCCUCGCUCCCAGUAAUUUUACUACAACAUCUGCCUUGAAAUAAACUGGAUCUGAACCCGAAUCCGGAAUACAGCUUGCAAAGGAAGCUACUUGAUGGCAUAAAUAGAUGAGAUAAAGAUAAGCAGGUGAUUUAUUUGAUCGCAAUGGUCAGAAAAUACGAAAGAAUGAGUGGACGACAAUCUUGGAAUGAGGAAGAUAUGGCUAAAGCCGUACAAGCUGUCGUGUCAGGUAAGAUGGGCUACAAACUAGCGGCUAGGACUUUCCACAUACCACGAUCUACACUACAGAGACGAGCUAGUAAGAUAAGGUAUCAACAACCAGACGACACUAAGCCACUGAUGGGCCAUUAUCGAAGAGUAUUUACAGACAGCCAAGAAAGGGACCUAGUGGGAUAUAUUAAGAGCAUGGAGCAAUACUUCAUGGGUGUCUCUCGUCGAGAUAUUAGAGAGCUGGCCUUCCAGUAUGCUGAAGACAACCAUUUAAAUCAUCCCUUCGACGUUAAAAGCAGAAUGGCUGGAGAAGAUUGGGUUAGGAACUUCCUGAAAAGAAACCCAGAGCUUCUUCACAAAUCAGAAAGGGAGUCCGAAUUGGAGCCGGUAAAUUUUGAUCAGUUUUACCACUUCAUGUGUCAACUUUCAUGAUAACCAUUUAUAUUUUCGAUUUGAACUCGUAUACAAUGAAUACAGUUAAGAAAGUUCUUAAGUGAACGGAUACAGAUCCAACCUAUGUACUUAGUUUAUUAGUUUUAAAUAUACCAGAAUAGUUAAAUACAUAAUUUUAGUAUUUUAUACAUUUAAAUAAUAUCUCGAUCUCAUUCCAAGAAAAUAAUAUGAAACAAAUUUUUAAGUAAUAAAAUUUAUGAUGUACAUGGGUUGGAGAGUAACAUAUGGUCGAUGAAAUGAAAAUUUGUUUAUCAUAAAAUUACGAGUAUGAUAGAUAGUCUUUUAAACGAGCAAAGCUCAAAAUAUUAUAUAAUCAAAGAAAUGCUUAAAAGUUAAAUUUGAAAAUUAUUCAUGUAAAUAGAAAACAAAGAAAAUAAGUACUUACACACACAAAUAUAUUAUAUCAAGUUAUAAACUUUAUUUUACUAUUAUAGUAAAUAAUACUAAAUUACGGGCUGUGAUAACAGAGAAAGUUGUAUUUUUAUGAAACAUAUCAUACUGAUUGAAAUGUUAGUUGGGUUUAUGGUAAAGACACCGCUUAUUUAUCAUGGUAAUGGGACAACCAAUACAAAAAAUAGACAAUGAAAAUUAAACAUUAUAUGACAAUUAUCCUGAUGAGAAACAAUCGCCCGAUAGUAAAAGCUGUCUAAUUAAAAUGUAAUUUACAUAUGAUAUGAUUUCUUGACGACUUCUAUAGUUAGAGAAUAUAUAAAAAAAAAACUAUUUAGCAUAAAUAUCUAGUUGCAUUAUUUACAAUCAUCCUUAGUACGAUGAUGAAGUGAUUAAGAAAAUAAUUAGAACAUCAAGUCGAGGAUUCAUUUAUGAGUAUUUCACAUUGAAUACAAAUGUCAUCAAUAUAACUUCAUAAGGACUGCUAUAUAUUUGAGUCUAUGUUAUUACGUUUGCAUUGUCGAUGUCAGAAAUUUUAAAUAACAAUUUAGCCAAGAAUGCAGAACUAACAACAUAUAAAUGUUGGCAUAAUAUUAUUUAUAGAUUAAUCAUAAGUAUACAAUACUGUACCAGUUAACAGAAUCAACCUUAAAAUAUGGUUACAAUGGUACUAAGUUAACGCACAAUCAAUGUUUGUUGUAAGUACUUUAGUCAAAUAGAAUAAUUAUAGCGUAUCAUAGCUAAUACGAGAACGCUAGCUAUUAUAACAUUUGUUUUCGGAUUUUUGCUAACUAAGACGAUUAAAUUACAAUCACAUAAUAAUUUUACCCAAUAUUCAAUAUUUAAGUUUAUAUUUCUGGAUCCGUUCUUCCUUUUUUGAAAACGUUACUUGGUCUACAUUGACAUAAAAUUAAUUAAUAAAAAUAAAAAAACAUUCCAAUAUUUUAAAAUUAACUCGUAUCUUUUUUUUCAAGGAACGUAUUCUGAUAGGACUGCUGUCGGUAAAAAUUUUAACUUACAAUUAAUUUAGUAACUACAUAAUUAUACUGGCACAAGUAAAACGUUACAAUCAAAAUAAAAAGUAGCCCUUUUUAUUUCGAUUGUAACGUUUUACUUUUAGGUAAUUUCUACAUAAGUAGAAUAGAAUCAAAAAUUUUAAGCCUGUAUUUACGUUUCGAAGUUUGCUCUGGGAGGAUCUCACGUCGGCCAGUAAAAUCGUCAUAAACACUGGUACAUAAUACUUAGAGUUACCUAUAUUUUUACUUGAUUCGUUAAUUUCUGUACUAAGUGAUCAAACUCUAUAAGAUCAUUAUUAACAAAAUUUGUUCGGUAAUGCUAUAAUUUCUGAGUUAAAAAUUCAUUCUCACUAUGAAAGGACAAAAAUUGAAAUAUUUUAUCAAUGAAUAUAUUAUUAUACUAUUUCCUUAUUUAUAAAACAAAAAACAGUUACAAAAGUGGUGAUAUAAGGUAUGGAAGAGCGGAGCCUCCUGGCACAGGCAUCUUUAUGCUUAAAAGGAGUCUUCAACAACUGUAGAAUGUAAUUGUAAAAUGGUGUUAUCUAAAUAAAGAAUUUUUGAAUUUUGAAUUUGAAUUUUGAAUAAAAACAUCAAACUUGUAAGAAAUUAUUUCAACUCGUGUACUGGUUUGUUCUUUUCGUUUCACGUAUUAUUCUAAUUUUUAAGUUUUAUAUAUAAAGGUGUUUUCAUUCAAUAAGAUAUAUUCUUAACAAGAUUUAAUGCUGUAAGGGUCGUAAGUACUUUUUAUUACAUCUAUGAUGAAAGAAGAAGACUGGAUUAAUGUGUAAUAAUGAAAUGUUGGAUAAUUUAAAUUCAUUUGCUUGCAAACUUAAUAGUAUCUACUUAACUACUAUAUUACAAUUUAUGUGUUUCGAACUGUAAAUAUCUUCAAAAUUGUAAAUCAUUGUAUGAUUAAAGUACAAGCAGGUAAAUAUAAACAGGAAAUGGGUCAUUAUUAUUAUAUCAAAUUGAUACGAAAAAUAUGUUUUCGUUCUUUUUCUGUAACACAAUAUUGAAUUUUGGUGUUGUCAGACUACCAGAGACUCGCUUUACGAAAAAAUGUAGUAAAAAUAUAUUUUAAUGCGUUAAAUGUACUUAAAAUAAACUCCGAAAUUAAUCUAGAAUACUGAUGACUCUUAAGGUUAAAGUUAUUCAUAUUACACACUAUUUUAAGAAUUUUAUACCAAUCACUUGGUCCAAACACAAUUAAUUUAUAUACUAAUGGCCAAGAUUAUUUUGAAAAUAACUGUGCCUAGCACAAGUUGGGGAUGGACUGAGGGUGAUGACGUCAGAAGCUUACGUCAUACAACCCAAGCAUGUGAUACGGUGUUCGGUGAUAUUAGUGGGGAAAGGUUAUUUAAGCUGUUUUAGUCUUUAUAAAGUUUAUAAUUGGUCUAGGAAAUUUUAUAACUUGUCAAUGAAGCAGAUAAUAUCUAUUUUACAUUAUGAAUAGAAAAUGUAACGGAUUAGACCUAAAAUAUUUUGUUACCUGAUUUAUGUUUGAUCUCUAUUAAUUUAGUCUAUAGGAAAAUAUUAUUAUUUAUUUAGUUUCAAGAACACUAUACCUAUAUUAUAACUUGUUGGAUAUUAAAAGUUUAAUUAUAUUUUGAAAUAAUAUACCUUAUGCCAAACUAUGUUAUUAUACUGAGAUUUAUUUUCCUCCUUACUAAUGAAGUCAGUGUGAGUGGCAACACCCGUCCGGUCGACAUCGCUGUUUGCCGCAUCAACAUCUGUAACUGAGUGUCGCUACAACUACAACUUUUUUAUAUAUGGUCCUAAACAACUUUAUGCAGAUAGAGUAUAAUUAUUACAUUUGAAAUAUUAUAUAGUCAUAUUUAAUAAUUAGUAAGGGGGAUAAUUUACCUAAAUUCUAAGUACUUAAUUUAAAUUGUG